AUGGCAGCGGUGUACCAGCAGGCCGGGAAGAUGUGGCCUCAAACUUCAAAACUGGACAAACAGGAGUCAACAUCGGAUCUUAGUGGUUCCAUAACAACUCCAGAUGUUAAGCUAAAUCUUGGAGGAGAAUUCAUCAAAGAAUCUACUGCAACUACAUUCCUAAGACAGAGAGGGUAUGGCUGGCUUCUGGAAGUGGAAGAUGAUGACCCAGAAGAUAACAAGCCACUUCUGGAAGAACUCGACAUUGAUCUGAAGGAUAUUUACUACAAAAUUCGAUGUGUGUUGAUGCCUAUGCCAUCUCUUGGGUUCAAUAGGCAGGUAGUGAGAGACAAUCCGGACUUUUGGGGUCCUCUGGCAGUUGUCCUCUUCUUCUCAAUGAUUUCAUUAUAUGGACAAUUUAAGGUUGUUUCUUGGAUUAUAACUAUUUGGAUAUUUGGAUCCUUGACUAUUUUUUUACUGGCCAGAGUUCUUGGAGGAGAAGUUGCUUAUGGCCAAGUUCUUGGUGUAAUAGGAUAUUCCCUACUUCCCCUCAUUGUCAUAGCACCUGUACUUUUGGUGGUUGGAUCAUUUGAAGUUGUUUCUACCCUAAUAAAAUUGUUUGGAGUCUUUUGGGCUGCAUACAGUGCUGCAUCAUUACUAGUUGGAGAAGAAUUCAAGACCAAGAAACCCCUUCUAAUUUAUCCAAUCUUUCUAUUAUACAUUUAUUUUCUGUCCUUGUAUACUGGGGUGUGAUCUAGUGUAAGAUGUGGCCAGAAACCAUAUUUCAGUCAUUUGCAGACUGAUAGUGUGUAAGAUUAAGAAGGCUGGAGAUAAUACAAGUGACUGUUUUGUAUCCAGUUGUUGAGAUGUUUUAAGAUGGAAGAGCAUAUUUGUGUAUAUUAUUUAAUGAAGCAAUUGUAGCUAUAUAGAUUUGUAUCAAAGUUCUAGGUUUGUUUAAGACUCUUCAGAUUUUAAUGAACAAAAUAAAAGAACCUUGUGUUUUAUAACAAAGCGUAGCAAAACUGCAACUCAAUACCUGUGCCAAAAGCACUGGGACCAGAUUACUAUAUUCAAGAAUUAAAAAUGAGAAGUUAACUGUUAACAAUCUCAAAGUGCAAUUUUUCUUUUAAGCUUAAACGCAGCUGGCUUUUUUUGGCACAGCAAAUUCUGUAGAUAAUAUAUAUUUAUGAAACAGUCCUGAUUGUUCACAGAAUAGUCUGUAUAAUCAAGAUCCAAGAAGAUACUACUUUUAAUUUAGUGCCUCAAUUACUGUGAUUUGGCUGUUGAGUUUUUAUAAAUUCCAAUUUCUUUUCAAAACAUGUAUAUACUGUGUAUUUUGUAUCUAUGGCUUGUGUGUACCGUAAAUACUCCUUGGUUAAGGAUGUAUAUUGGGUUUUUAAAAAUUGAAGAUACAAGUAUUUGAAGUUUUCAUUUACUAUCUCUGACCAAAGGAGCAAGAUAUUUACUGUGUGACAUAAGUAAUUAAGGCGCAUAUUUAGAGAAUCAAAUUAUUUUACUUAAAAGUAUAAAUUUACAGAGAAAUGGGUGAACACCUUUCUCAAUUCUAGUGCUGGCCUAAUGUUGGAGAAAAAAAAGAUGAUCUAUCCAAUUUGUGUGAUCUUUAAACAAUGUUAUUUUAUGAUGACAAAAUAAAAAUAUUGCUUCCCUAA